GGCGGGCAGGCAGGCCGGGCGCGCUCCGCGGCUUGUCCCUCACCGUCGUCCCCGCGUCCUCCCUCCGCAGCUCCUCGGGGAGGGGGGCGGUCGGUGCCUGCGCAGAGCCGCCUCCUCCCCGCCCCCGCCCCGCCUCCCCCCGCGCCGCCGCCGCCGCCCGCUGCCGCCGCCGCUGCGCCUGCUGCUCCUCGCCGUCCCCGCUGCAGUGCGAAGGGCUCGAAGAUGGCCGGUUGGCAGAGCUACGUGGAUAACCUGAUGUGCGAUGGCUGCUGCCAGGAGGCCGCCAUUGUCGGCUACUGCGACGCCAAAUACGUCUGGGCAGCCACGGCCGGGGGCGUCUUCCAGAGCAUUACGCCAGUAGAAAUAGAUAUGAUUGUAGGAAAAGACCGGGAAGGUUUCUUUACCAACGGUUUGACUCUUGGCGCAAAGAAGUGCUCAGUGAUCAGAGAUAGCCUAUACGUCGAUGGUGACUGCACAAUGGACAUCCGGACAAAGAGUCAAGGUGGGGAGCCAACAUACAACGUUGCUGUCGGCAGAGCUGGUAGAGGUAUUUCUGAAGGCAAAAUAUCAAGAUAAAUUCAUCUCUGCGGCUGCAGCUGGACUACAACACUAUGUGCAUUAAUUUCGUUUUCUGCAUCACUGCUGUCGGUAUCUUCGUUGUCAUCCUCUUCAUAGUCUGAAGAUUCUGUCAUGUUCUGAUGUGAGCGGGAUUCCGACAAGGCCCCAAAUGACUGGGUGCUGACAGAUGCCAAAGGUCUAAGUAAAGGGGUACGUUCUGACACUUCAUUUUCUUCUUGACUACUGUCUGUGUCAGAGUCUGAGUCGCCUUGAGAAGGAACAACUUUUUGCUUGCAGACUGGACAGGUUUUUUUGGUUUUAGUUAGCCAGGGGUCUACACACUUGCAGUGAUAAGCUGUUAAAGCAAAAUACACAUCUUUUAGAUAGUAUAUUGUGGUUGAGAACAUUACAUUUUUAAUUUCUUGCCAUGUUUAUUCACGUUCUUCUGAUCUAUAAGUAUCAUGUAUGGACAAGAGAGGAAAAGUUUGUGAAUUUUUAUAAAUCUACCUCCAUCCUUUAAUGACACCACUAAUUACUAAAAGACCUGGCCUAUAGUGUACCAAUAACUCUUUUGUCUCCUCCUCUAAUACUGAGCCUAAAUACAAAUUACGUGUAAACUCAAAGCAGUAUGUAAUUAUUCAUACCAUGGGAACAAGGAAGGAUUCUGAGCUUGUCGCCAUCUUCAUAUUCAUCCAAACAAAUGGCACAUACAUCAUAUUCAUCUCCUAUGACAGACAGUAGUAAAUAAAAUUAAUGAAAAGAGGUAGAGAACUUUCAAAUUCUUAAAGUGAGGUCUUCUUCAGUUAUUUUAAAUGUCUUUUGAUUGACCUUUUGAUCUGUAAAUGAUACCUUUGUCUUGUUUCCUGUCACAUCAGGGAGCUGCUUUAAGUUCAGGAACCUGAAGUUUUAAUUUAAAUAAUUAACCUUUUACCUAAAAUAAGAAAUUAAAAAUGGAUGUCAAGUUUGUUUACCUUAACUUUGGAAAAGAUUAUUUUUAAAAGAAUCAUCGUAGUAGUGUUUCACAGGACUAUUCAAAUGCGAGUUUUGAAAUACACAAAGACAACAAAAUUUUACUCUUUAGAUUUCUUAAAGUCUGGGUAAUUUUUAAAGUAAAAAUGGAAACAGAACAUACUCAAGUGUUUUUUUUAAUAUGUUAGUGGAAAAACAUUUGGAAUGAGACACUAAGCUUCAAAUCUCCUUUCCAAGAUUUACUAGCUUUGUGAUGUUUGGCAGGUUAGUCUUUGAUACCCAGUUCUUUUAUCUGUAAAGAGAUUCUGUCUACCUUGCAGGUUUGUGAGUGAGCAAAAGGCCAGGCACAUAGGUAUUCACUAAAUGGUGUUUAUUAAUACUGCUGCCCUUUUAAUUUCUUAUUUGAAGUUACUACCUUUAGAAAUCACGAAGAUUUAUUAAUAGCUCUUUUUGGAAUUCAUGUGUACUUGGUUUUAAAGAAAUUAGCAGUCUUACAUACAGCAACUUUUGAAGUUGAGUCGGUAGUGGCAGUGACCCCUGUGACUGUUUUCAAUUCGGUGUUUUCCAUUAAGUAUAUACGAUAGGUGCAAAUUUAAAAAUCCCAGGGAACAAAAGAUAGAUUCAUCUGCCUUCACCUUGGAAGGCAGAUCAGAAAUAAAGCCAUUGUCUGGAUAGUCUGGAUGAACAUGACCCAUAAAGGGAAUGAUAGUUAGAUCAAUCCCUUUAACAUCCUUUAGUCGUUUAAAAUUGUACAUUCAGGAGAAGUUCUAAAAAGAAAGCUUUAAUAACACUAUUUUUUGUUCAGUGUUUUAAACUUAGUUACCACAGAAUCAAGUAUCAAAUGCAUUUUAUAACAAAUAACAAGCUUCUGUGUUAAAACUUUGUGGAAUUCGGUGAGACCGAUUAUAUGCAUCUCAAACUAUUAAAACUAUUAAGCUCAAAGAUCAAACUAUUAAAAGAGUAAAGGACUCCACUAUAUCUGUAAUUAUACAUUUGAUCCAUUUACAUGGAGGAUGGUUUUAAUAAGCAAUUCAGUCAUCACUGAUUUCUCAUAUCAAACUUUAAAUUUUAGUGCCCAUCAAACGGUUCUAGUUACCAUUAGAGGAGGUAAUCUGGUGGAUAAAGGCCUCAGUCUUCUUCAGAGGGACGAUUCUGAAGCACAUGGCUCCUCAGAGGGACUCUGGGGGAUGGAGACCCUGCCGUCCACAGAGGUAACUAGCUCAGUAAGACCCACUUCAUUUAUCAUUCCCUCACUCUUCCCCACUCCCUCACUCUUGCUUCCUGAGGUUAUUUCCCCAAGAAAUCCCCUGCAUCUUACUCCUUGUCUCAGGUUUUGCUCUCGGAAAUUCACACCAUUACAACAGUUUUAAACAUUGGAUUUUUAGUACCAAUUUUAUGUAUAUUCUGUCUUCGUGUAUCUAAUAUCCUAUUACUUUUUGCUGAAGAUCUAAUAAAUUCCUGUUGGAUCUUCAGCAAAAAGUAAUAGGAUAUUCUGCUUGUACUUUAUUAUCAUAUGUGAGUCCUCAGAUACUUCAUUUUUAAAAAUAAAGACAACAAGGGCAAAAGUUGUGUAACACAUGGCCUAAAAUCUAAAGGAAACUCUGCUAUCUAGAAAAGUAUCAUUGGAAACAUCUAUUACAGAAGCUAAACUACAGGGUUAAAAAUAUCAGAGGUUAAGUUCUAAUAUUACUAAAUUUAUUUAUAAGGCCAUCAUUGUAUCUGGAAGAAUUAUUUGUGCCAAACAUACUGAUUUUGUAGAAUUGUACUGACAUUUAAUUGACCAUCUCCUUGCUAUUAUAAACUAAGGAAUAACUUCCUAUAGCCAAUACCUCUUAUAAAUGACUUUUAAGAUGUGAUUUGUGUUAUUUAAUUCACUGUGUUACGGAGAUGGAACCAAUGAUUUAGUAUUUAUUCUGAAGUGAAACACCUCACAAUUUGUUUCCUUAUAAAAUGCCACACAUUUUUCAGAAAAUGAUACAGUUAAUAUAACUGAACAGGAAUGGACUGGUCCAGAGCUGUGCCCCAAGGCUCUAAGCCUCAUUUUCUUAAGAUAGGGAGGUUAUCCUGCAUUAGCCAGGUGGGCCCAGAUUAAUUACAGAGGUCCAUAAAAGUGCAAGAGGGAGGCAGAAAAGUUCACAGUCAGGAGGAUGUGACUGGAUGAAUGGUCAGGGAGAGGCUAUGUUACUGGCUUUGGAAGAUGGAGGGGGAGAUUAAGUCACUAAGUUUAUGGUACUUUGUUACCACAGCAAUAGGAAAUUAAUACAGGCAGUAUUGGAGUUAGCCCUAAAUAUACGGACUUGAUACUUCAGAGUCACUUAGCUUUCCUAUCAGUCCUCUGAAUUGUUCCAGGAGAUGGAAUUAUAAGAUGAUGGGUCAAGACUCAGCAGUAUAGUUUGUGAUGGUGCACCAGACUGGAGCCCAGUGCUCUGUAGAGAACUAACCCCCCUGGCCUUGGACUUGUGAUGAAAUGGUAAAGCACACGUGAGAAUGCUGGGGGUUUUCAUCAUAAAAAUUUUAUUUAUUAGCUCUGUAACCUAGUGCAAGAUACAUCUCCAUGUUUCAGUAUUCUCAAAACAAACAUAUUAACAUACCUGUGUCUUAGGAUUGUGGAUUAAAAGAACUAACACAAGAAUAUUUUACAUAGUGUUUGGUACAAAUCGCCCCCUGAUAAAACUGGCUGGAUAGGAAUUCUACUCAUGACCUGGUGUACUGGGAGGAGGCUGCUCUCUAAUAGAACCGUGUGCUUCUGUCACACCAGAUGAGCUGUGUGCCUAAAGAGAGGUAUGAGCAGUGGUCAUUGAAUCUGUUGUAUCACAUAGGGUAAUUAUGCAAUUUAAUGAAAUAUUCAGCAGUUCUUGAACUGUGAGUAUAAAAGACUGGUUUUAUUUGACAAGCUAGGGUGACUAUUAAGAACCCUUAUAAUAAAAGCUGUUGCUCCCCCACCUCCUCGCCAGCCAAAAUGAGAUUAUAUGAAGUAUGGGUGAGAAAUGUAAGAGAUUGGACAAAUUUAUGUAUUGAUAAAAAGAAUGAAAGCAGAAUCCAGUUUUGCCCCAUUUUAAAAUGUCUGAAACUAAAAAUGGUAGGAAAUGCAUCAUGUACCAUGACAACCUAGAAAUCCAGUCAGUGGACUCCUACUCAAGACCGUGGCCCAACAGCAAAUAACUGUUCAGUGGCUUUAUCUGUAACUUAAAGUUAAAUUUGAGGCAUUUAUUUGUAUGGUUUAUAACUUUAGCAGGUUUUUAAAAAAUAACCAAUUUGUCCUCGGUACUGGUAGCAUAAAAGGGUUUUACAAGUGGUAAUAAAUGUUUGUUUUGUUACUGUCCGCACCAUGCUAUAAAAUUUUGCUUAGUGUAAACCACUGGUUUUUAACUGGCUAGGAUUCUUCCCCCCAGGGACAUUUGGUGACAUCUGUAGACAUUUAUGGUUUUCACAACAGGGAGAUGGUGCUGCUGGCAUCUAGCAGGCCAGGGAUGCUGCUUAAACAUCCCACAAUGCUCUGGACAGCCCCUCACAGAAAGGCUUAUCCCAUAUAAAUGCCAGUAGCACAGAAGUUGAGAAACCAAAGCCUCUCCAGGUUUUGUCAAGUGACAGCGACUUUGCUAAAUCGUUAGUGGAUAGAUGUUAAGUUACAGGAGGGAUGAGAUUCAUGUCUGUUAUUUGAAACAGUAUGGAAACCUUUCUGUCUAGAAUGUUUCUGGCAUUAUUAUUACUUGAAUAAUGUUUUAGAAAAAUUGCAUGAAUGCUCUUUUAAAGUCCCAUCAGUCUGGAAAUGUUCUAUAAAUAGAACUUUGCUUUUCCUCCUGUAAAUCUGUUCUUCCUUGUUUCUCUCCAAAACCUUGGAUCAUCAAAUACAGCAAAGGCAAUGACCCAUCAGAAUAGGAAUCGCAUAGACUUAAAGCAGCCAUUGCGGUGGCAUGAACUGCUGAUCAGGCCUGGCGUGCCCUGAAUGUCUCUUUUCCUUAGAGCCUAUAUUCAAUCUGUCACUAAGUCCUGUAAAUCUUUAUCUGUAAAACAUGUCCUGAAUCUGUCCCCUUCUCCAUUUCCACAAUUACUCUGGGCCAAUAGCUUGGAUUACUAGAAGAGCCUCUAGUCUACCUCCUGUUCUGCUGCCUGUGGUUUUUCUCUGGUGCGGCCAGCGUGAUUUAUUUUUUAACACAUCAUGUCAGUUUCAUUUAGAUGGUUCCCCAUCUCACUUAGAUUAAAUCUGAGCUCCUUAUGACCUUCAUAAAACUGUAUAUUAUCUGACCCCCAUCUCCUCUCACACCAGCCUUACCACCCCUUCACACAUGCUUCAACCACACUGGCCUUUCGUUCGUGAACAAACUAACACAAAAGUUAAGUGGUGACCUGCAUUUAGCCAUGUUGUGACAGAAACAUUUGGACAUAACAUUAGAUCUAGAAAGAGGAAUCCCCAUUUCUAGAGAUGGCUAAAAAAUGAGCUAGUUUGAGAUUAGCUAUAGCACAUACAAAUUGAUACAAAACUUAAUUGUUCAGUUUAAUAACAAAAUAGACCAAGGCUUAAGUCAACUAGAAUAUGUUUCCUUAAGUAAACAAUACAAGAGUGAACAUUUAGGGCUAAACACAUACAGGUUUCAUGAGAGAUAAUAACAAAAACAUUUUAAAUAACUUGCCCAGGGAAGAUGUACCAUUGGGUUCAUGAGCUUCAAAGCAAAAAUUACUGUUGUGUAAGAGAAAAUACCUUGCCACUUAUUCCCUACUUUACCAGUAAAGAAAAAAAUGAACGCUCUUUCUAGCAAGUAAACUGAAUUUUAUCUUCUGUUCUCUUCUCCUCCGUACCAGUUCCCAAGAAUUCUGAACAAAAGAACAGGACAAAAUAUUUUUAAACCCAGAUUUGCUUGAGAAUUCUUCCUGAUUAUUUUUAAGCCCUGGACAAAGGAACUAAUAUUUUUAAGGUUACAGUAAAGGCAGUUAAAUGUAGUCAUAAAAAUUAAGCAUGUCUCAGUUGAUAGGUUAAAGAAACAAAAAACUAUAAAACUGAGUAUUGCUCCACUUUUACACAUUCUGCUUUAAAAUGCCGUAUUGCUUUUUUCCAGUCCCUGAAAUAAUAUACUUUGCUUUUUACACCUAUCUUGGAAAAUCUCAAUGAUGAAGCUAUAAGGCACAAGUGUCUGGUAACUUAAAGUUUAUGUCUUGGGGAUCAGGCUCCUUCACAUACUGACUGCAGGGGAGACAGCUCGCAUGGAGACUGCCUCAAAUGUUUAGUAGAAGGAUUAAGUGAAAACAAGGAUUUUUCAUCUGCUCUGAAACAUGGUGUGUAGUAACCAGUCUUUUGGUUAUAGACUUGGGAGAAAUACAUUAACCGAAUGGGCCAGGAAACCACAAUUUCAAUUGAAGAGCUAUUUUUGAGGGCAAUAAUGAGUAGUAAAGAGCCAAAAGGAAGUUGGCUGCUUCAGAAGCAAGAAAACAACUAAAACACUAUUAUGUGUGUUAGAAGUGGCUAACUUGAUAUUUAAAUCACUUAAGUGUUAAUCAGCACAAACACUUCUGAAAGAGCUGCCAAGUGAAGGUCAGUGAGAAAGCAAGGUGAUCACAUCCCCAAAGUAUGGUCAACUAUGAGAGUACUGACUAACCUCACAGAUACCGCUAGUGCCACGGCCUCAAGUGUGGUUUCUGUGGGUGGGAUUCCAGAAUAUGCCUAUGGAAAACUGGCAAAUGCCAAAUUUGUUUUGUUUGGCAGAUAUUUCCAAAAUAUUAUAAAUUCCCCUACAGUUAGCAUUUCUACUACAUUCUAAGCCUACAAGAAUUCUCAAGACUUGCAUGGUUUGGUGCUGUGACUCACUAGAGUGGUGAGUACCCAUAGAAGUGCUCUAUGUGUUUUCAGUCAUCCAUAGUUGUAUUUACAACUGUGAGAAAAUGGCAACGAUUGGGAUUUUUUUUUUCUUUCUAACAUCUAUGUGUACUUUGUCAAAACCAUUAGGAUAUGCUAGAACAUGCAUGACAAAUAGUCCUUUUUUUUUUCUCCCCUUUAAAUGUCAAGUCUCGUGGUAACCAAAACAUUUUAAAGCAAAAAUACAACCAGCUCAAACUUAGGGGCUACUUUCGGAAAGAAACUUCACGUGUAGUAUUUACAAAGUUACAUAUUUUUAAGCUGCUUCAUGAUUUUGGCAAUCUUUUUUUUUUUUCAUCAUAAAGGAAAUGUUUAAUCACUGAAUUUUUAUAACACUAAUAUUUAUGAUUUUUACUUAAGGUUUUGUUUUUAUAAUAAUUGCCACCAAGUGCUGUGUGCCAGGCACUGUGUUAUAAGCAUUUAACAUACUGAUUUCCAUAUUGAUUUAAAUUUUCUCCCGCCCCGCCCCCCCCUUAUGAAAUAUAGGUACUGUCAGUCACAUUUACACGUGAAGGAGUAUAUGGAGAGGUUAAGAAACUUGCACAAGGUCACACAGCCAAUAAAUGGUGAUCCAGAAUGCCAGCACAGGUCUGUCAGACUAAAGUCCAUCCAUGGUCUUAACCAUUAGGCCUGUAUUGUCUUCUAGCACAUCUACUUAGAAUUUCACAUUUAAAUAAUCCCCUUUGAUUCACAAUGUAAAAAGAGCAAGCGUUUAAGAAAUACUCUUAACCUGUCACUUAAUUAGAAAUAAAAAUGUUUCCAAUUCAUAAGCCAGAGCACUUUUUUCCUUCAUAUUGGCCCAUAUGGAAAAGGAGCAAAGAUAGUUUAUUUCUGUCUCCAUGGCUUCAUAUUUUUACAAACCUUUCUAGGAUGCUACAAAAGAGCAGCUAUAUUCUAAAUUUUAAUUUAAGAACACACAUUCUUUAUGUGUUCUGAUGAUGAAAUGUGAUUGUGCACAGUAAGAAAACAAAUGACUCCACUUAAGGAAAGAGCAGGACACUGGCAACUUUGUUUCUGGAAAUGUGUUCAUGAAUUACUUCACUAAUUAAGGAUAAGAAUAAAAAGUGCCUUAGAGGCCAUAAAUCCAUAUAACAAGUUUAAAAUCCAAAUUUAAGCAUUGGCCAAAUUCCAUUUUGAGAGUGAUUUUUUUUUUCUUUUUUAAAUGUUUGUUUAUUUUGAGGGAGGGGGGAGAGACAGAGGGAGAGGGAGAAUCCCAAGCAGGCUCCCCAGUGCAGGGUUUGAGCUCACAAACCUUGAGAUAAAACUGACUGAGCUACUCAGGUGCCCCCGAGUGAUUUUCUUUUUAAACCUAAGUUUCCCUGUCUUCCCUAUCUUACUUGGUUUUAACUUGAUUGCAUUAUGCAGGUAAACUGGAGUUAUACCCAAGAUCUUUCUGGAUACAGGAGCAUAUUAAAAGAUUUGUCAUUAUCUUGAAGUUAAAAGGCAAAAUUAAAGGGACUUGAUAAUGAUAAAUAUUGUGCCAGACUUCAAGUACUUACAUUAAGUACUAAAGGUAUUGUUAUUCUUUUUUCAUUAUUCCUUUUCAGGCCCCUAGAAGAUCAAGAUUUGCAACACCCUUCCAGAGCCAACAUCAACAAACUCAAAUUAUGUAUAUCCCUAAGUAGUUGCGUGUUUUUCCCUCAUAUAAAAGAAAUUAACUUGAGCAGCUUCAGGCACCCUUGGAGUUAAAGUGGAGGAUGCACUGGGCCUGCAUUACUUUUACAUAUAGCAGAAUUACUUCUAGAUACUUUUUUUUUUUUUUUUUAACGAUUUUUCAUUUUUGAGAGAUGGAGAGGGACAGAGCAUGAAUGGGGGAGGGUCAGAAAGAGAGGGAGACAGAAUCUUAAGCAGGCUCCAGGCUGUCAGCACAGAGCCUGAUGCAGGGCUCAAACCCAGAGACCGUGAGAUUGUGACCUGUGCUGAAGUUGGACGCUUAACCGACUGAGCCACCCAGGCACCCCACCUCUAGAUACUUUUGCCUAUCAACUAGAUUGGUCUAAUAUUUAAUUACAACCCUCAGUGCAGCAAAAGUGACUUAAAAAAAUCAUACAUUAAAUGUCCUUCUAAAAAGUGCAUACAGUUAUAAGAACAGAAAUAUAAAUGGGUAAUUUACCUGGUUAUUGUAGAAUAUGAUAAAGUGAGUAUUCUCAUAUACUGCUGGUAGACCUGAAACUUUGGGAAAUUAGUUUCACCUCAAAAAAAAAAAAAAAAUUCUUUCUCUUUGACAUAGUAAAUUAGGAAGGAGAUUAAGUGCAGCUGGGGGUGGGGAGAGGACAAGAAAAGAGGAAUGGGAAGGAUUAAAGUCAGGAGACAACUUAUUUUAUUUUGAAAUGGUAGUAACUGGAGAGUAAAGAUAGGGUAGGUAGUAUUUACAAGUACAGUGUCAGAAGUCAAGAAUUUGCAUUGCAGCCCUGAUAUAUAAUGUUUACCUGGCUUUGCACCCUCAGGUAUUAUACGUAAUCUGUCUGAGUCUCAUUUUCCUUAUAAAUGGUCAUGACAGUACUUUCCUUAGUUGGUUGUUCCGAGAACUAAAUGAUGAAGAGUACAUGAUUUGCUUGCUUUUAUAUAAUAGGUGUGAUACAUGCUCGUAAGAUCUAAAAUAGAAAAUUACCAGAUUUUUAUUGGGUGCAAUAUGCCCAUCCCAAGUCAGUUUAAUUCCAGUUAACUCACUUGGUAUAAAGGACACUGACUUCUUCAGUUAGAGGUUAAUGGACUGAAGGUGUAGUUCUAGUAAUCAGAGCUACGGGCCAAUGAUAAAGAUCAAGAGUACUAUGAUACAAACCAACCUACAGGCUCUCCAUCCCCUUCAGUCCACCUCAAAGCUACAAUGCAGGCCUUGAGAUCUCUAUUCCUGGACAUGAAAUAAUAAAAUAGUUCACCUUCAGGUAACUCAAGAAUGCACUGAUUUCUCAGAAGCCAUAGGCAUGACAGUAACUCCUACCCAACUUGGAACCUCAUUAUUUCACUGCUUUGUGGCCAUUAUGUAAGUAAGUACUCCGUUAGAGGAACAGAGAAAUAUUUUCUUUUCUGAUUUGGUUUUUAAGAGUAAAUUCAGAACAGUUUUCCCCUGAAACAGUUCAACACAGAAUAUUAACUAGCAUUAGUUAUAGAUUCUUAGCUUUGUGAAGAGAUGGACUGUCUUUUACUCACCAUUAUAUCCCCAGUGUUCAUAUAGUGCUUAUUACAGACUGGGCUCCCAAUAAAUACAUGCUAAAUAACAAAUACCA